AUGAGCCAGUUCGGGCUGGGCGCGUCCAACAGCCACUGGGGCUACGGCUCGGCGCCCUACUCGCCCUACCUGACCGGCGCGGCGGCGGGGCUGGCGGGCAGCUGCGCCUCCACGGGCGUCGGCUUCAACACGCCGGCGCUCGGCUUCUCCGCUGACCAGGGCUCCACCACGGCGCACGACGCCUUCGCCUCGCCCUCCACCGUCUCCUCGCUGCUGCCCGACACGACAACAGCGACGGCUGACCUGGAUCAGCACCUCGGCCUGGUGAGUGCCCAGCAGCAGCAGCAGCACGCUGCCGGACUGCUGGUUCCGCGUUAUCCUUCGUCUGCAGACUUCGGGCUCGUCGCCUCGGGGCCGCGCUCGCUAAGCGACUCCUCGGCGGGCGAAUCGCCAGUCGGCAGCAGCGACGACCUGCUGGGAGCCGGCCAGCACAACGGCGGUGCCGCACCCUCCUUCUCCUCGCUGGUGCCGGGACACCACCACCAUCACCACCACCACCAGGCGGCCACCACCGGAGCCGCGGCUGCCGCACCUUACGCCAGCUCCGGCGGAUCCAACCUGUACCUGGGCGCGCCGGUCCUGCCGGCAUCGCUGCUCUACUCGCAGCUCUACUCGGCCGCCAGCGGCCAUCAGAAUCACCACCAUCACCACCACCACCAUCAAUUCCACCACCCUCUACACCACCACCAUCACCACCAGGACCUGACGGGCGCCACGGCUACCGACGCCAUCGCGCCAUCGCAGCAACAGCAGCCGCGCGCGCACUCCGCUAGCGACGGCGCCGCCGUCUGGAGGCCCUACUGA